GAAGGCUGGUAACUUUAAAAAGUCAAGCUCUGCGCACGCGUGGCUCUUUUGCUAUUGUGCUUUUUUUGAAUUGGAAAUGGAUUUCGAAUACCAAUACCGAAUGAGUCAGUGUAAUGGCACUUUAAAAAUAGAAACCCGAAACUUCCUGGUCAGGGAUUUACGAGCUUGCCUAGAAUCCGGAGAGGGAGAGCUGUUUCUUAGCCACAUACCCAGGAAAUCGGAUGUAAAUAUUCCCCGGAGGAUCGUGGAACUGGCCAGCACCCUGGGAGACAUAUAUGCUCUAAGAUACAAGAUCGAUUUUUCAGGCAUUUGUCGCGGGUUUGCAUAUUUGCAGUACAUUGAUGCAUCCCGUAUGAAGAUGGCUGUGAAAUGCCUGCCAAAAAUUUUUAAGGCAGCCAAUCUACGUAUCGCAGUGAAGAAAUCGAACAAUACGCGGGAACUACUACUGCGACAGGCUCAGAUGUUCAGUCCGGUUCAGAUGUACUUGGAAAUGCAAAAGGUGUGUCAGUUCUCCUACCUGCGGGUGUACGAGCACCGACCUCGGGAGUUUUUGUACGUCUUCGGGUACAUCAACAACGACCAGGCUGCUAAUGCACAUCAGAGUAUCCGGGCCGUAAUCCGGAUGUUCGGCUCUCAUGCCCAUGUCGCCUGGCUGCAUCCGACCAGUUGGAUGAGCGAGAAGAACUGCAGAUCCAGAUGCUGCCAGAAGCUGGACAAAAACUUUAAUCUGCCCGAUCCAAGCAAGUGCAAUUGUUUUAAAUUUUAGUCGGAUUUCCUAAACCAAUAUUUUUUUAUAUGAAAUCCCAAGAGUUUUGUCCAUUUUCUUAUUUUUUGUUUGAGUUCUACACUUCUAAAAUUAAAAUUAGUUAUUUAUAAGCAGUAAUGUGAUUAUGGGACUUGAACUUUGUCCCCAAUACAUGUUCCAAAAAAAUGAUAAAACG